AUGUGGGAGUUUGCUCUGGAUAGCAAUUUGCCCGUAGGGGUCCCCGGUGGGUACAAGAAAUCUCGAACGCCUUUGACAGGCCACAAGAAAAAUCAAAAAACACCAAAAAAAAUCCGGAACGCGCUUGGUCGUCGGGUUCGGCAAUAUGGUUCUAGGCGCUGCGCGGGUGAAUGUGACUGCUUGCGGUUUAUUUCGCCUGCAAUGCUGCCAUUAUGUCGGGAAAAGCGGACUAGGUUGAUGUGGUGGGGAAUGGCUGGCUGGAAACUGCGAGGUGGUGAAGUGGGGGUGGAGGACCGGUUGUCGAUGGUUGUCGGUGCUUUCCUCCGCUACACUCUCUUGCUUAUAUACUGGAAAGGAGGGAGAGGUUGGGCUGUUUGGGGCGAGGGAAGAACAGCUGCGAGCGAAGAUCGAAUAUCGGGUGGACCCAGGGGGCAGGAGUACUGGCAUUUCAACUUUUGA